AUGACGGAAAUAGAGCCCAUUGAAAUAGACAUUGAAGAAAACACCAAACCCGCUGAUUCCACUGCUGGCUCUUCCAGUCCACACGAAGACGCAAUGGAUGUUGAUGUUGAUGUGGAUGUCCCAGAAUCUUCUAAAUCUGCUAGUAAUACCCCAAGCGCAGGCGCGUCAAUCAAUGAGACUAACGAGCAAAGCUCAGUGAACUCUCAAGAAGCCGAAAACGAUAAACAGGCCUCUUCAUCAACAACCCAAAAACCAGCUCAAUCGCAGUCUCGUCCAGUUGGUAGACCCCGUGGUAAAGGAAAACAAAAACAAACGUCAAACGAGAAUAAUAAGAAACCCCUCGACGAAACUUCAGCCAGGAAAGACACUAUCAACAAUUCAUCAAAGCCUCCAUCCAAGCUGCCUGUUGCUAGAAUUAAGCGGAUUGUAAAACAGGAUUAUGAUAUUGUAGCAAUUUCUACGCCGGCAGUUUAUGCUGUUGCUGCAGCCACGGAACUUUUUAUCCAAUUUUUCACAGAGCAAGCAUUACUGAGAGCUCGAAGUGACAAGCGCAAAAGAUUAACUUAUAAGGAUUUUUCAUCUUCUGUUGAAAGCAUAGAGCAACUUCAGUUUUUAAAAGAAUUGAUACCACAGCCCAAAAAGCUUUCUGAACUUAUUUCUCGAGGUCUGGUAUCUCAACCUGAACUUGGUAAAGGUCAAACAACUUUGGAAGGUUUUGGUGUUGGAAGUAGUGGAUCAACUUCUUCUAACGGUAUCAACCAGAAUGGAGAGCAUGAUAAUUCUCAUCAUGAUGGAGGUGACGAAGAUACUGGCCUUGAUGAAGACGAAGAGGAUGAACUAUUUUUGGUUGGUGGAAAGAAACUGGCACAAAAGCAAGAUGAUGAUGUGAUUAGCGAUGACGAAAUGGAUGACGAAAUGGAUGAUGAUGAUGAUGAUGAUGAUGAUGAUGACGAUGAUGACGAUCAAGAUGAUGAACAAGAUAAUGAACAACCUCACGAGGAUGAAGAUUCUGACGACAAUUUAGAAGAAGAUGAGAAAGGCCAAGAUAAUGAAGAUACACACAGUCAAAACAGUGAAUCCGAAAGUGAGUCUGAAAAUAGAUUAUCAAGACGGAAUUCAAACGAUUCAGAUGAAGCUGAUAGUGAUAUGGAGGUAUCUGAUUCUUUGGGCACAAGAAAAUCUGAUAAAGAUAAGAAAUCGCACACAAACGGUGAUAAGAAAUCUGCAGACUUAGAAGGUAAAAAUUCUGUUGGCCAGUCACACGACUAUAGCCCAUUUCACAGUGAUGCAGACCGAACUGCUAUUGCAGCCAAAAAUUCAGCUUCUGUUGGUACCGGUGCACCUCCAACCAGAGCGCGUCGUCCCAAAAAGCACAGACAUCUUAUGCCUGGAGGUGGUGGUAUAAUAUUUAUCAAUGAAACGGAGAAAGUUGCACGAACAAUUAAGAACCGUGAAACUAAGAAGCAAAUUCAGAAACAGCAAGAAGGAAGUAAUGGAGAUGAUGAUAUCGAAAUGGCAGAUUACUCUUACGGGAAUUCUGAUGGAAAGGGUGCAAGCGAAGACGGUUCUGACGAUAAGUCUAAUAAGUAA